AUUCACACCACUUUCGAUUGUCGUCGGUUUGGAGCGGAUAGAAGAAAAGUGAAAAGUUGUCAGGAAGCAAAACAGUGAAUUAAAAAAAAGAAAACAAAAGUAAACCAAUCAAAAUGUCCUGCAAUAUAAUUGUGGUUGUUAGUUUUGUCUAUAUCUUCAGCACCAAAACCCUUAUUGUAGCGGCCACAAAUUCAACUACCAAUUCUUAUAAUUCUCGUCCGCGUUCUCUGCUAACAAAAAGUGAUGCAUAUGUUGCGCAAAAUCAAAAACAGUGUCUCCAAACUCGCAGUAUAGUGUCGUGCAUUAAAUAUAAAGCUUCGAAAAUUGUUUGGAAAUUGGCAACAAAUAGUUUGGGAUAUUUUCCACGGCAAAAUAGUCGUGAAAUGGCCGAGGAUAAACGUAGAAUCAAUUUUGUUCAAUUGGAUGAACCAUCGGAUAUUAGUUUUUUCGGUGAUGUCAGAAGUUUUGAAGAUGAUAAUGAAAUGAAUGCCAUUGUCAAAUUUGUGAAACGAGCCAUUGAAUAUUUUGGCCAAAACCAUGCAAUCCAAUUGACCAUAACCAGUGACAGUGGAGCGCGCAUAAUUUCCAGUGAUAUGGAAUCACGGCGUAUUAUUAAGAGAAAAGCUAAAAAAUGGAUGAUUCUGCUACCCCUGAUUAUUUUGAUGAAAAUAACCCAUCUAAAGAUGACACUAGUGGGUCUGAUACUGGGUGUUUUGGCCUUAAAUAUUUUGAUUGUGGGCGGAGGCGGUUGGCUGAUACACUAUUUGAAAUUUAAAACUUUGUGUAAAAUUCAUCCGCAAUUGGUGCAUCAUCAUUCGCAUGCCUAUGACUCAGAUCCGGGGGAUUAUUCACAAUUCUUGGGCAGCACCUUUCCGGGCUCCUCGCAUGGCUCGUCGGCCAACACCAAUACACAUGAGAUUCUAAAUCCAUAUUAUUAUUCAAAAGAUUGGAGUACCAGCAAGGCAUAUCAGGGCUACAAUUAUUUGGAUACGAUAAGCAAACGAAUACAAUAGCUAAAAAUAUUCUUAUAUCGUAAUUUUAAUCGGUAUACUCGCAAAUACUUUAUGAAAUUCCUUCGUUACAUGACACCAAUAUUUGGUCAGGAUUUAUUUUUUGAUUUCACCGCCAAUUUGUGGUGAACAUUGACAGCAUCAAACUAUUCAAGUUGUAUUAUUAGUGUGUAUUUAUUGUUGAUUAAUAUAAGUGAAUAAAAUAU